GUUGCCAACAAUAAUAUUACCAACUGCUAGGAGGCCAAGAAAGAGCACUAUUUUUGCUUCGAGACUAUUUUCUUGUUGUGUUGUGCAGGUUGUGUCAAUGUUGUGGAAAGGCGCAAAGUGUAUAUGCCGCUUGAAAGAUGUGUUAUUUCAUAGACGAUUUUUAAGCUGGAGUAAAAAAGGAACAACGGAUUAUAAUAAUGUAGUGGAUGGAUUAAAGAAUGUGUACCGGGAGAAGUUACUACCUCUUGAAGAAACUUACAGAUUCCAUGAUUUUCAUUCCCCUAUGCUCUACGAUUCUGAUUUUGAAGCUAAACCAUUAGUCUUAUUCAUGGGACAGUAUUCUACUGGUAAAACCACACUAAUUAAAUAUCUGUUGGACAGUGAUUAUCUUGGAAUGCGUAUUGGGCCAGAACCUACUACUGAUCGAUUUGUGGCUGUAAUGCACGAUGAACGAGAAACAAUAAUCCCAGGAAAUGCAGUAGUUGUCGAUGCAUCAAAACAGUUUCGACCUUUAGCUAAAUUUGGUAACAAUUUUUUAAAUCGUUUUGAGUGUUCUACUUUGAAUAAUGAUGUUUUAAAAAGUAUCUCUCUUAUUGAUACUCCCGGCAUUCUUUCUGGAGAGAAACAACGUGUUAACAGAGGGUAUGACUUCACAGGAGUUUUAGAAUGGUUUGGGGAAAGGGUUGAUAGAAUUGUUUUACUUUUUGAUGCUCAUAAACUUGAUAUAUCAGAUGAGUUCAGAAGGUGUAUUGAAGUGUUGCGAAAACAUGAUGACAAAAUAAGAAUAAUUCUUAACAAAGCUGAUAAAAUUAAUCAGCAACAAUUAAUGAGGGUAUACGGUGCCUUGAUGUGGUCACUAGGCAAGAUUUUGGACACUCCUGAAGCAACUCGUGUGUAUGUUGGUAGCUUUUGGGAUGAACCACUUACAUUUGAUGAAAAUAGAAGAUUAUUUGAAAAUGAAGAACAAGAUUUACUUCGAGAUCUGCAGUCACUUCCUCGCAAUGCUACGCUUAGAAAAUUAUCAGAUCUUAGUAAAAGAGCGAGACUUGCAAAGGCUCAUGCAUAUCUCAUGAGUCAUUUGAAGCAGAACAUGCCUUUCCUAGGAAGAGAGAAGGCAAAAGCGAGGCUUAUUGGUGACCUUGCUCAGAUAUACCAUGAUGUUCAAGUGCAGCAUCAGAUGUCACCUGGGGACUUCCCAGAUGUGAAAAAAAUGCAGGAUAUGCUUUCAAGGUUUGACUUUGAUAAAUUGAAAUCUCUGAAACCAAAGCUUGUGGACAAAGCUGAUGAAAUGUUGACAGAUAUUUCAAAAAUCAUGGCAAUGAUUCCUGAUGAAAGGGUACAAUCAGGCCCAUCUGUUGACUCUGGGGCUUUUAGUGCAGUAUCUGAUAAAACUAGUCCUUUCGGAAUUGAAAGUGAAGGUAUCAAUGAGGGAAAAGGAGAAACUGAAUGGGUUGUAAAUCGUUACAGAAGCACCUUUGAUUCACUUUUUAAUACUCUAAAUCCCGUUGAUGGAAAACUAUCUAGAACUGCUGCCAGAACAGAAUUAGUAAAGUCCAAACUUCCAAGUGGAAUACUUGGGCGCAUCUACCAAUUAUCUGAUGUUGAUCAAGAUGGAUUGCUUAGCAAAGAUGAAUUUGCUUUAGCCAUGCAUUUAGUGAAUAUUAAGUUAGCAGGUCAUGAGUUGCCUUCAGAACUACCUUCACAUCUAGUACCCCCUUCGCAUAGGAGUGCAUCUUAGCAAGAAAAUGGAUCCUCAACACUUCAACAUGAAGUAAUCAAAAUUUAAUGAUGUAGAUAAAUGAAUGAAUGUAUUAUAUGUAUAGAAAUAAAAAGAAGUUACUUCUGUUAAUUCUAUCAAUUGGUCAUUGAAUGGCAGGAAUCAUUAAAAAAAAUGUACAAAGCACAAUAAUUUUAUUUGUAGAUAAUCUUGCCGGAUAAUUUGUUUGAAAAUAAAUUAAAAAGGAAAAAAGACCCUUGUUUUUUGAUCAUUGUAUUUCACUGAUUAAAGUUGCUGUCUGAAGUUUAUUUGUAUUUAUGGUUCCUAUUUAAUGGGAGUUCUAUUGCCUACUUUAUCUGUGAACUGCAUUAAGUAUUAUAGGAUGAAUCCCAUAUUUCAUUAUUUGCAUUGUGGUCUUGUGAAGAAAAGUGCAUUUCAGUACCAUAUACACAAAUGAAUAGCAAGCAAUAGCACUGUUGAAGACGAACAGUUUUUCAUGAUGUGUUUCAUGGAAUAUUAAUUUUUUUACACUUGUUAAUGUUUUUCUGAUAAUGCAUAUAGAGUAUCAGGAGAUUUUCUACAUUUUAUACACAAUAUUUUAAAGCGGUUCAAUAAAUAUAUCUGAUUAUAUUAUAUACUAACCUUCUUUUUGUUUUAAUGACCUGGACUGCUGUCAUUUUGUUGUUUUUGUCUUCCACUUUAAAGGUUUGAAAGUGCUGCACUGGUUCAUUUACCAUAAGAAUACAAAGAAAAAUGUACAUACAUAUUGAGAUACUUCUGAUACAUGAAAGAAAGCAAAGAACAAGUAAAUGCUUUUUUUUUUUUUUCUGAGGAAUUGCAAAGACAAAAAAUCUCAUGGAGUAAAUUCUUCCCUAAUUUGAUGAUUAUAAAGUUUCCAAUAUUCAACAUACCAUGAAAG